UCUGGAGUGAUACUAUGGAUUGUAGUGAAUAAGAGCAGUCAUUUCAUUGGUCGUAAAACAACAGAAAGCCGCGAACAUGACAAAUGUGUACUCUUUCGAUGGCAUCUUGGUAUUUGGACUUCUUUUCAUCUGUACGUGUGCAUACCUGAAAAAAGUGCCUCGACUGAACAGUUGGCUGUUGUCAGAGAAGAAGGGGGUGUGGGGGGUGUUUUAUAAAGCUGCAGUGAUUGGGACACGACUUCACAUUGCUGUGGCAAUGUCCUGUAUUUGUAUGGCAUUCUACGUGGUUUUUCUGAAGUGACACUUCUGGACUACGUCAUGGACACUUUGGACAAUAUUUCAUGUGAUGCCACAAAAAAUGCCAGGCUCACACAAAUACUGCCAUCUAGUGGCGGAGUACUCGUGGGUCCUGCUCCACCCGUCUCAUUCCUGCUUGGUAUCACAUAGUUCAUCCCUGUCAGCGGGUGAAAUGGAUGAAAUGAAUACAGAGCCAUUCCAGGUCAAAUAACUCAUUUAAUUAUUGAUUUAGCACAAUGUUAAAGUUCUUCAAAUUUUUGACUUAACUGUCCAAAUUUGCAAAAAAAAAAAAAACAGUCUCAGAACAUAUAUAUGGCUUGGAUGAAGAAAAAAUUGUUUUUGAAAGCUGAAUAAUAUGUAUAGAGUGCUUCAGUAUGAUAACAUUUUAAUUAUAUGGGAUCUGCUUGUUAGAAUUUUUGAAGUCACCUUAUAAGUGAGCUACUUAUGGAAUAAAGCAAAGAGGGUUAUUCAGUGAAACUUUGUCAUCAGUUUUACAGUAGGCAAUUUUAAAUUGUUCUCUGUCUAAAAGUUGACUCUUAUAAACAAAGUUGCAAGUGCUUGCUUUAUUCACAACUCAUGCAUCACACAAUAGUUAUUUAAUGAAAAUAAAAGAGGAAACGGGGGGCAUCUCAUUUCUGAUAAUUUAUUGAAUCAGUUGUACGUUUAUUUGGGAUAAGGGUUACAGUUCUUACCUAUUGAUUUAAACUAUUUUUCUGUGAAUACAUGGAUUGCAUUUUUGCACUGUUCAACCAAAGUGGAGACUAAUUACACUACACAUAAGCAUUAUGUACAUUUUCCUUUUUCAAAUUUUGUAUAAAAGUUUUCAAGUCUUGUUAAGUCUUUAAGGUUUUUUGUUGUUUGACAUCUACAUUUACUUCUUAAAAUGGCCCAAGAUCUUCCUAGUUCAUGAAGUACUUUGGAUUAGGCUCCCUGUGCAUACAUUCUCUCUUUUGGAUCACAGUGAUUAUUUACAGAUUUGUAAAUACUAAAUGCUCAACUAUAUCCUUAUGACAAAGACUGAUAUCAAGACCAUUUGACAUUCCAUUUUAUUACUUUGUGUAUGAAAACAGUCAUUUGUCUCUACCUUUUAAACAAAAGAUAGAGCCAAAAUGUUGUCUGUUUAUGUAUAUAUUUAAUAUGUGUAUAGCACAUUAUGUUACAUGAUCCUCUUGUUGAACCGUUUGAGCAAUACUACUUUCAAGACAGAUCCAGUUGUAUUGUUCGUUUUGGAUGUAGUUACAAUUGGUCUUGUUUUGAAAAUUGUGUAGAGUUUUGAUUCACUGUAAAAGAUUAGAUGAAUGUGAUUUGAUCAACAGGCUCAAACAUUUUAAGUACUUGCGGACAGAUUUUUUUUUGUACCAAAAUGGUUGGAAGCAGUAGCUAUGAACACAGAGUUGAUGCUCAUCGCCCAUCCAUAGUCUAAGUCUUUAAAUCAUGAUGUGCUUGGUGUACCAAGCUGCUGAGCCCUGUUAACACAGAUAUUGGUGAAAUAAUUGCUAAAGGCAUUAUUUAGCAUGUUAAAUGAUUGUCUCACACAAAUGUGGUUUGAAAUAGAUAUAAAAUUUGUGCAUAUUACUUUGCCUGAAUGACUUAACCAUGAAAUCCUGUUCACUGAGACCUGGAUUCAAAGAGCUCCAAAGAAUGUCAGCCAUCAAAGUAAAAAUUUAGCUUAAACUUGCCAUUGGCCAAGCAAAUUACUACUAAAUUUUACGUUCAACUGAAUUAGGACUAUGGUGUUCCUGAGCAACAAAAAGAAUUUCUCCAUUGGUCAGUUAAAAAAAAAAAAAAAGAAUAGUGGAAAUUGUGUAGUUCAGCUAAUAGACUGGAGGGGGAGAGCUGUUUCUCUCAUUCUCAAUGGCAGUUUGUCGUGUUUGAUUUCUGAAUGAUAUCUAAGGUUACUUUAACAGAGGAUUACGAUUGCAGAUGUUAUGGGAUUGCUAAUGAAGUAUACGGUGGUCAUUGUAACAUCAAAGGUUUUGGAUGCCUAUUCUUAUUCUUUUUUUUUUUUUCUUUCUUUUUUUUUAAGGAUUUUUAUGUGAA